AUGACAGAACCAUCGGGAACUUUUGUUUGUCCAAUCACUCAUGAACUUAUGGUAGACCCAGUCAUUGAUCCUGAUGGUAAUAGCUAUGAGCGACGUGCUAUUGAAGAUUGGCUUCGUCAAACGGGUACAUCACCGAUUACACGUGCUCCCCUCUUAGCAUCUGAUCUUCGUCCAAAUCGUGCACUAAAAGCAGCUAUCGAUGAAUAUCGCCAUUCAAUUGACUCUAAAAAUCAGCUCACUACAUUGUCUUUGACAGAACCAAAACCUUAUGAAUUGACAGCCAAUGGAAACUAUGUUGACGGUUUUGUUCAUAUUUCAAUUCAACCACCAUCGGAUACAAAUCGUUCUCCAUGUGAUAUCUGUUGCGUAGUAGACACAUCAGGUUCAAUGGCUGUACAAAGUGAAAUUCAAAACGAGACUAAUGAAAAGUUUGGUCUGUCCCGAUUAGAUUUAGUCAAACAUGCAAUAAAAACAAUUGUACAUUCACUUCAACCACAAGAUCGUUUAUCACUUGUAUCAUUUGCAAACAGUGCUACAGUUCUAUUUCAAUUAACAAAUAUGAGCCCAGAUGGCAAAUCAAGUGCUUUAGCCGCUUUAGAGAGAUUAGAAGAUAAUGGUCAAACAAAUUUAUGGGAUGGUCUUCGGGCUGGUCUUGAAAUUUUAUUGAAAGGUCAAAGAGCUGUUGGAAGUAAUACGGCUCUUUUUCUUCUUACUGAUGGUUGUCCGAAUGUUGAACCCCCACGUGGUCAUAUACCAACACUUGAAAAAUUGAAGCAAAAAACCAAUUUUACAUCUAUGAUUAAUACGUUUGGUUUCGGCUACGAUUUGGACAGUCAUCUACUCGAAGAAAUUGCCAUGCUAGGGAAUUCAGGUUCAUAUGCAUUUAUUCCUGAUGGAUCAUUUGUAGGAACAAUUUUUGUUAAUGCUAUGACUACAUUAUUGGCGACAGCGGCUACGAAUGUGCAGAUACACGUUCAUGGUCCACGAAUUGAACCAUCUGAUUAUACACGUUGGUAUACAACAGCAGUCACUGAUCAAAAUACAGUAUUUGAUUUGGGCUUAAUCACAUAUGGCCAAAGCAAAGACUUACUUAUUCCUAUUUCUUCCGAGUCAUUAUCGGAAUACGAAUUUUCUGUAAUUUACAAUACAUUACAAGAACCAAAGAGAUCAAUAAAAAUAAAAAUAAAUACAAAUCCUGAACAAAAUGAUAUUCGUCGUUUUGUUCAACAGAAAUUUCGUCUUGAAUUGGUUCAUUGUGUGCGAACGGUCUUACAAGCAAGGCGCCAACAACCAAAUGAAGAUUCUGCAGUAGCGAUGAGUCAAAUUAAAGAAUUGGAAGAGAAAAUGAGACAAUAUUCAGGUGGAACUGAUGCAUUUGUCAAAGAUUUACUAGCAGAUUUAACCGGACAAGUACAAGAGGCUCUUACAAACAAAGAUUGGUUUACAAAAUGGGGUGUACACUUUUUACCUAGUUUAACUCGCGCACAUCUUCUGCAAUAUUGCAACAACUUUAAAGAUCCAGGUGUUCAACACUAUGGAUGUGGUACCCUUUUUUCGACGAUACGCGAUGAAAUGGACACUAUAUUCUGUUCUUUACCGGCUCCAAAACCUUCACAACAAACUGGUGCCACAAUAAAUAUGACAGUCUUUCAUAAUGCUGAUGGUGGAUGUUUUCAUGGCGGAUGUCUAGUGCGUUUAAUGAAUGGAACUACUAAAUUAAUCAAAGAUGUUCAACCCGGCGAUAGAAUGGCACCACAUGGAGGAAUGGUCAAUUAUGUUGUUAAAACAAAAUGUCAAAAUAAAACAGCAAAAAUGGUUGUAAUUGACAAUGGUCUUAUUAUUACUGCUUGGCAUCCGAUUCGUCUCGGUCAACAAUGGGUAAUGCCUUGUUCACUUGUCUCGGCACCUACUGAAAUUUCUUGCGAAGAAGUUUAUAAUUUUGCUCUUGAUCAAGGUCACACUGUAGUUGUCAACGAUAUUGAAUGCGUUACAUUAGGUCAUGGGUUCAAAGAGGAUGUAGUGCGACAUAAUUAUUAUGGUACGCAACGCGUAAUUGAUGAUUUACGUCAACUCGAUUUUGAACAACAUAAUUCAGGAAUAAUUGAAGUUACUGAAGAAGUACUAAUACGCAACAAACACUCUGGUCUAGUUACUGGUUUACGCUUGAUUGAAGCACAGCAUCAAUCACAAAUAAUUGUUUAG